CGUGGCACCGCCCGUGCAGCCGGGCCCCCGCCGGUCCUCCGGGCCGCGAGGAGGGGCUGCUCCCUGGGCGGCAGCACGUGCGUCCCGGUACCGAGCGAGGGUCCCCGCUCCAUGUUCGCGGAGCCGGGCUGGAACGAUGCAGCGGAGCCGCUGCCCCGCGGCGCCCCGGCGGGCCCGGGCAGACGGGAGCCCCCGAAAGAGGCGGCGGCCCGGUGCCGCUCGGGACGGUGAGGCCCCGCGGAAGCGGCCCCGGAAGCGGAAGAAGGCCGGCGGGCCGCGGGCCGCGGCGGGGGAGCUCCCGGCAGGUCCCGACGAGCCCCGGCAGGCUGGGCAGCGGCCGGACACAGGCACCGGGACGGCUCCGGGGCCCGGGGGCACGAGGGAGCCGCCUCCGCGCCCUGACCCCGCUCUCGAUGCCCCUGACGGCCCGGCUGAGCCGGCGGAGCGGCCCGGGAAGCCGGCGGGACUGAGCCGUCGGCAGCGGCGUAAGCGGCAGCGGCAGCAGGAGCCGCCGGCGGGGUCGCACGGGGAGCGGGGCUCCGGGCCGGGCCCCCCGGAGGCUGCUCCGGAGCCCCGCUCGGCCGCGCUCCGCGCGCGGAUGGAGGAGCGGCUGCUCGGCGCCCGGUUCCGCUACCUGAACCAGCAGCUCUACACCGGCAGCAGCCGCGACGCGGCGCGGCUCUUCCGCGACGACCCCGCCGCUUUCCACCUCUACCACCGCGGCUUCGAGCGGCAGGUGCGGCGCUGGCCCGAGCGCCCGGUGCAGCGCAUCGUGCGCUACCUGCGCCGCCGGCCCGCGUCACUGGUGGUGGCGGAUUUCGGCUGCGGGGACUGCACGCUGGCCGCCAGCGUCAAGAACCAGGUGCACUGCUUCGACCUGGUGGCGCUGAGCCCGCGGGUCACCGUCUGCGACAUGGCCAAGGUGCCGCUGGCGGCUGAGUCGGUGGACGUGGCCGUGUUCUGCCUGGCGCUGAUGGGCACCAACCUGCAGGAGAUCCUGGGAGAGGCCAACCGUGUGCUCAAGCUUGGGGGGACCCUGCUGGUGGCCGAGGUGGCCAGCCGCUUUGAGGACACCCGUGCCUUCCUGAAGGCCAUGACGCAGCUGGGCUUCAGGACCGUCUCCAAGGACUUCUCCAGCUCCUAUUUCUACGUGUUGGAGUUCGCCAAGACGGGCCCGGCCCGGGCGGGCCGCGCUGCCGGGCUGCGCCUGCGGCCCUGUCUGUACAAGCGCCGGUGACCCGCCCCCGCGCGAAAGCACCAAUAAAGCCGCUGCUUCCUCUCAGCUACGCCUGCGCGUCGGGGGGCGGGGCCGCGCCUGCGCGGUGCUGUCGGGCCUGCGCGGCGGCAGCGCCCGGGACCGGUAC